GGGGGAAAUCCCCUCCUCCGCAACAGACUGAAGCGCCUCUUGAACUGGUGUUAUUUUAUUUUAUUUUUUGGUUGGGGCAUUAGGCCUAUACUGUCCUUCAUCAAACUUCUCAAUCUUCUCGACACAUGAUAGGCUACAGUGUUCUCCUCUCAUCUUCCGUCUACGGUUUAUCGAACAAACUUUCGCUUUCAGUUUUGUUACGAACAUGUAGGCUAAUGGCUUCUAGUUCAGGGAACAGAGGUCUGCAAAGACAACACAAAGAUCUCCCAGACCAGGAAGCCAAUAACAUGAGUGUGAGUGAUUUGAGGAUUGUUCUGCUGGGGAAGAAUAUAACAGAAAACAACAGAGUGGGAAACUUCAUCUUAGGAAGAGCAGCGUUUGAGAGUGAAGCACCUGCUGAUGUAGAGCUGAACAUUGAGAAACACAGAGGAAAACUGAAGGACAGAGACGUCACAGUCAUCAACACUCCUCACCUGCUGAGGCCAAAUCUGUCAAUCACUCAGAUCACACAGCGAGUGAAAGAGUGUGUGAAUCUGUCUGCUCCUGGACCUCAUGUGAUCAUACUUGUACUGCAGGAGAACGACUUCAGUGACAAUAACAGACACAGAGUGAAAUAUGUGCUGAAUGAAUUCAGUAAGGAGGCUCCUAUACACACUUUAGUGUUGACUGAUGAGAGAGAGAUAAACAGUAGCUGUAUUCAUCAAUUAAUAAAGGAUUGUGGAGGUGAACAUCUUCAGUUUGAUGAAAGAAAAUCAGGUUUACACUCUGAGAUACUUGAAAGAGUGGAGAAGAUACUCAAAGAAAACCAGGUCCAAUUUCUUAUCUCUGACUUGUGUGAGGAAGCAGGAGAAGAAACAUCAGAAGAUGGAGAGAAGAGGAGAUCUGGAGGUUCAGUCACAGCAGAAGAAGAGGGAGAUUUUGAUCAUGAAGAUGAUGGAAAAAUCAAACAGAGAAACAAAGAGAAAAAGGAAGUCGCUGCCCAAAGGAAAACCUUGUUUCAAAGUGGAUGUGGAAGUCUACCUUUUGAGCGGCCUGAUAUGAGUGAUUUGAGGAUUGUUCUGCUGGGGAAGAAUAUAACAGAAAACAACAGAGUGGGAAACUUCAUCUUAGGAAGAGCAGCGUUUGAGAGUGAAGCACCUGCUGAUGUAGAGCUGAACAUUGAGAAACACAGAGGAAAACUGAAGGACAGAGACGUCACAGUCAUCAACACUCCUCACCUGCUGCAGCCAAAUCUGUCAAUCUCUCAGAUCACACAGGGAGUGAAAGAGUGUGUGAAUCUGUCUGCUCCUGGACCUCAUGUGAUCAUACUUGUACUGCAGGAGAACGACUUCAGUGACAAUGACAGACAUAGAGUGAAAUAUGUGCUGAAUGAAUUCAGUAAGGAGGCUCCUAUACACACUUUAGUGUUGACUGAUGAGGAAGAGAUACAUAAUAACGCUAUUCAUCAAUUCAUACAAGAGUGUGGAGAUGAACAUCUUCAGUUUGAUGAAAGAAAAUCAGGAUUGCACUCUGAGAUACUUGAAAGAGUGGAGAAGAUCCUCAAAGAAAACCAGGUCCAAUUUCUUAUAUCUGACUUGUAUGAGGAAGCAGGAGAAGAAACACCAGAAGAUGGAGAGAAGAGGAGAUCUGGAGGUUCAGUCACAGCAGAAGAAGAGGGAGAUUUUGAUCAUGAAGAUGAUGGAAAAAUCAAACAGAGAAACAAAGAGAAAAAGGAAGUCGCUGUUCAAAGGAAAACCUUGUCCAUGGCGUCCUCCAGUGAUCCUCCAGUGCUCUGUGACUUCUGUGAUGAAAGAAAGCAGAAAGCUGUGAAGUCCUGCCUGACGUGUCAAAUCUCUUACUGUGAUGAUCAUCUGGAGCCUCAUCUCAGAGUCCCACGUCUAAAGAAACACACACUGAUCAAAGCUGUGGAAAAUCUGGAGGAUUAUAUAUGCCAGAAACAUGAGAGACCUCUGGAGAUGUUCUGCAGAGAUGAUCAGACGUGUGUUUGUCUGUCCUGCACUGAAGGAGAACACAGGACUCACAACACUGUUCCUAUAGAGGAGGAUAGUCGAGAGAAGAAGACUCUCACCUCCAAUGACAGUUUCCUUACUUCAUCUCGAACCGUCCAUAUUUCAAACUGGAUGAUUAUUGGUCUGGGUGUCCUGUUGGUAGCAGUGUUGAUCAUCAUCUUACCUAAACAAUACACUGGAUGUCAGUCUGAGCAGCUGAAGAUGAAGGAACAGGCUGAAGAUCUCAUUAAGCUGAAGCAGGAAAUCACUGAGCUGGAGAUGAUAAAGGGACAGCAGAAAGCAGCAGAGAAACAGGCUGAAGAUCUCAUUAAGCAGGAGCAGGAAAUCACAGAGCUGAAGAGGAGAAACACUGAGCUGGAGAUGAUGAAGGAACAGGCUGAAGAUCUCAUUAAGCUGAAGCAGGAAAUCACUGAGCUGAAGAUGAUGGAGGAACAGCAGAAAGAAGCACAGAAACAGGCUGAAGAUCUCAUUAAAGAGCUGCAGCAGGAAAUCACUGAGCUGAAGAGAAGAAACACUGAACUGAUGAUGAUGGAGGAACAGCAGAAAGCAGCAGAAAAACAGAAUGAAGAUCUCAUUAAGCAGGAGCAGGAAAUUACUGAGAAUCUUACCUCCAAUGACUGUUUCAUUACUUCAUCUCGAACCGUACACAUUCCAAACUGGAUGAUUAUUGGUCUGGGUGUCCUGUUGAUCAUCCUGCUUAAACAAUAUACUAUGUACUCAUGCCUGUACAGAGUUUCACACACCAAGGGCUGGACUGAGAUCAGCAGUGACUCUGGUGUGAAAACACUGAAAAUAGCUGUGACUGAACUGAAGAAACUGCUAAAAGAAAAACUCACUCAAAUUGAGUUGAAGUUUGUGCAGAAGUUUGCAGUGGAUGUGACUCUGGAUCCUGAUACAGCUUAUCCAUAUCUCAUCCUGUCUGAUGAUGGAAAACAAGUCCGUGAUGGAGACAUUAAGAAGGAUGUCCCUGAAAACCCAAAGAGAUUUGAUACUUGUGCAAUUGUUCUGGCAAAGCAGGGAUUUAGUUCAGGGAGAUUUUACUAUGAGGUGCAGGUGAAGGGAAAGACUAAGUGGGAUUUAGGAGUGGCCAGAGAAUCCAUUAACAGGAAGGGGAAGAUCACACUUGGUUCUGUGAAUGGAUACUGGACUGUGUGGCUGAGGAAUGAGAAUCAAUAUUCAGCUUUGGAUAAUCCUCUUGUCUCUUUAUCUCUGAGAGUGAAACCUGAGAAGGUGGGAGUGUUUGUGGAUUAUGAGGAGGGUCUGGUCUCUUUUUAUGACGUGGACUCCAGAUCUCAUAUCUACUCUUUCACUGGUCAGACUUUCACUGACAAACUCUAUCCAUAUUUUUGCCCAGGCCUUAAUGAUAAAGGUAAAAACUCAAAGCCAUUGAUCAUCACACCUGUCAACUGAAACACACAAAAAACAUCAAAUCUGAAAAGAUUAAAUAUGGAUGUGAUGUUUCAGAAUAUGUAAAUAAAAACCAAAGAAGAAUUUGCACAAUCAAGUAGAUUUUACUUACAAAUAUAAAGAAAAUUUAAAUGCAAAUUUUAGUGCAAAAAGAAAUAUAUAUUCAGGCCUUUAGAAAAAAAUAGUCACUGACAAAACAUGAACUAUAAUGAAAUAUUUGUGAGUUAUAUGUACAUGUAAAUGGAAAAUUUGUUACACAUCUAUAUAUUUCUUUUGUCUUUCAUUAAUACUUUGCUUUUCAAAUUGAAUAUGAAAUUGUUUCUACAUGUUAUUUUGUAAAGAAAUCUCUGAAGCCAUUUUCUCUCUCCUCUCCAGCUGUUAACACUAAAUUACUUGUGAAAUAUUGUGAUUUUUGGUUUAUAUUGUAAUAUCUGAAUAAAGUCAAGAGUUCAAUUCUAUAACUGAUAUUGCUGGUAAACUAAAUUGUUUGCUAAUAAAUAUGUAAAUACA